AUGUUAGUGUCACAUAUGGCACGCGACCUAGUUUCGCUCACGCACUCAGCGCGUGGUACCGCCGACGUAAGCAGCAAUGGGCUUCCGCCCAACUGCCCGCCUGACGGUUUCGGCCUUCCACGUAAGAAGCUAACAGCAGCACUGCAACAGUAUUUUUACAACAACUCGGGCAGCUGCGCGCAGCAGACGUCGUUUUUUGCCGGGCAGCCCGUGUUGUCGGUGGGGGUGGGGUACGCCGUGGUGCUGGGCUUUGGCGCUUUCUUUGCCGUCUUCACCUCCUGGCUCGUGUGGCUGGAUAAACGAUACGUGGGCACAAGGCAGAGCAGCGAGUGGUUCAAUACAGCGGGCAGGAACGUGAAGACGGGGCUUAUAGCGAGUGUGAUUGUAUCGCAGUGGACAUGGGCCGCCACCAUUCUGCAAUCCUCCAAUGUCGCCUUCCAAAACGGAGUGAGCGGGCCGUUCUGGUAUGCCAGCGGGGCAACGGUGCAGGUGCUGCUGUUCGGCAUCAUCGCAGUGGAAAUCAAACGCAAGGCCCCCAACGCCCACACUGUCUGCGAAAUUGUCCGCGCCAGAUGGGGUACAGCGGCGCACGUCUGUUUCCUCUUCUUCUGCUUUCUCACCAACACCAUCGUCACAGCCAUGCUCGUGUUGGGGGGAGCAGCAGUGGUCACUGCUCUCACGGGUCUCAAUGUGUACCUUGCCUCGUUUCUGGCGCCCAUUGGAGUCAUCUUCUACACGCUCGCAGGAGGCCUCAAGGCCACCUUCCUGGCGUCAUACAUCCACAGCGCCAUCGUGCAUGGCAUCCUUGUAACCUUCGUUCUGCUUGUCUACUGGUUCAGUGGCCACCUCGGCUCCCCUGCUGCUGUGUUUAACGGCCUCGAAUUCGCUGCCAGCCCAACAAGGGAUUGCCGGCUCACCAACCCCGGGCAGGUGAGGCCUUAA